UAAAUUCAACUCAAUACAAACUACGUAAACUUUCGAUGAAAGUUUCCUUUGUAGAAUUAUAUAAUGAAGAUCUUAUUGACUUACUUUCUGAAAGUAACGAUGAGAAUAAGCCACAACUCUUGAUUAGGGAAGACUCGAAAGGAAGUAUAAUAUUGAGUGGAUUACAAGAAAUCAAAGUUAAUAGUGUCGGGGAAGUUUUAGGUCAUUUAUCGCGCGGUUCAUUAAAUCGACAAGUUGGUGUGACAGAUAUGAAUGCAAAGUCAUCUCGAUCUCAUGCUAUUUUCACUGUUAUUCUUUCACAACAAAAAUUUAUACCAACAAGCGAUCACUGUGCAAGUCCAUUACCAAUGACCCCAUCUACAACUCCACUUCCAGACACAAAAUUGUCAAGGUCGAAUUCAAGACUAAGUAGGCGGUUUGAGGAUGGGACUUGGGUUUCUGUAACAAGCAAAUUUCAUUUUGUAGAUUUAGCUGGUAGUGAAAGGCUUAAGCGUACAUCAACAAAUUGUGACCGUAUAAAAGAAGGUAUAUCUAUCAACUCUGGAUUACUCGCUUUAGGAAAUGUUAUUUCUGCUCUGGGUGACCCAAUUAAAGCAAAGAACAUGACUCAUAUUCCGUAUCGAGACUCGAAACUUACACGUUUAUUACAAGAUUCUCUUGGUGGUAAUGCGCUGACACUAAUGAUCGCCUGUGUCUCACCUGCUGAACAUAACGUUGUUGAAACAAUUAAUACUCUUAAAUAUGCAAAUCGGGCUCGAAACAUUAAGAAUAUAGCAACAAUUACGCAAGAAGAAGCUGGAUGGAAUGAUUUGGAACAUUUACAGAAUCUCGUCUUAAAAUUAAGAACUGAAAUUAAAAAUUUAAGAUCAUCGAAUAUAUCUGGUGAGAAAACAUUGGAUAAUAUAAGUGAAACUCCUAGUCAAAUUCCUCGUUCAGCAUCCCCAUUGCAUAUUGAUACCAACCUUAAAACAGAAAAUGAUAAAAAUAUUGAAGCUCUUGAAGAACAACUUGAAGAGCUUCAACGUUCUUAUAAUGAAUUAUAUCAAAAUUACGCGAACAAAUCUUCCGAACUUGAAAUAUAUCGAAAUGACCCAAAUAAUAAAAAUAAUAUUUUAUUAAGUCCUACCUCUUCAAAUUUAACAACCAUUAAUGAGGUUGAAGAGUUUACUCUUGAUAAGUCUCAGUUUAAUGAUUUCCAAGAUACUGUCAAACCCGUUAUUAAAGAGUAUGAAAAGUCUAUUAGUGUUCUGGAAAGUCAACUUGCGUUUGCCC